AUGAUAGAGCUGUACACGUCAUUGCAAGUGGCAUACCCCUUGCAUAUGUUGCUAAAAUCCUGCCGAGACAUUUCAGAAGGCAAGCGUCUCCACAACCAAAUCACCCGCCAAUUGCCUCACGAUCGCUACUUGGGCAAUCUCUUGAUCCAAAUGUAUGGCAAGUGCGCGGAUCCCACUUCUGCGCUGUUUGUCUUCCAAUGCAUCCAACAUCGAAAUCUCUUCUCCUGGAGCCUUUUGAUCACUGCGCUUGCGCAGAACGGAUCAAUUCUGGAAUGCAAAUUUCUGCUCGAGAAAAUGCCACAAAGAGAUCUUGUGGUUCUGAACACCGUCGCAGUUGCAUAUGCCCAAACUGGGUAUUUUGAUUUGUGUAAGAACCUGUUUGACAGUAUGCCACAGCGAGAUCUUAUCGCAUGGACGGCUCUUUUCCGCGCCUAUUCUUUACGAGGUUAUCUCGAAUCCGCUGAGUAUAUCUAUCUCAAGGUUCCAAGCUAUGACGUCAUGUUUUCCAACGCUAUGCUUGUAGCAUAUGCCCACUUUGGGGAUAUUGAUAUGGCAAGGGGUAUUUUUGAGGGAAUGUUGUAUAGAGACUCGGCAUCUUGGAACGUUAUUAUAGAGGGUUUGGGUCACAAAAGAAGAUUCCUAGAAGUGAAGUCAAUGUUUGAUCAAAUGCCUUUUAAAUCUAUUGUGUCAUAUAACUCAUUGAUUUCUCUAUAUGCGCGGAAUGGGGAUUUGCUUCAAUCAAAGAUUUUUUUUAAGAGAAUGCCACAAUGGGAUGUUGUCUCUUGGACGGCCCUUGCGAGUGGUUUUGCCGUUCAUGGAGAUAUCAAAGACGCGGACGAGAUCUUUCAAUCCAUGCCCGAGAAAAAUGUGGUGAGUUGGAAUUCUCUUGUGACUGCUCUUCACAGGCGGGGGAAUCUGGAGCAAGCCGAGACCACGUUUGAAUCCAUGGUCGAGAAGACAAUCUCAUCGUGGAACUCGAUGAUCACAGGCUACGCUUCCAACGGCGAGCUCGAGGAAGCCACGAAAAUUUUCCAUUCGAUGCCCAGGAGAAACGCCAUCUCUUGGAACUCACUCUUAGCAGCCUGUGCAAGGGAUACUAAAUGCUCGAGCGAUGAAGCUGAAAAACUUUUCCACGGAAUGCCAGGAAGAACGAUGGUUUCCUUCAACACCAUGAUAGCCGUGUUCUCGCAAAAUGGAAAUCUCGAUCUGGCGAGGAAAGCCUUUGAUGAUGUUCCGAGAGAAGAACCUCAUCUCCUGGACAGUUCUCAGCGCUGGAUUUGCCCAGCACGGCCGAGCAGAGAAAGCCAUGAUUCUCUUCAAACAAAUGGACCUCGAAGGCUUAGAACCUGA